AUGGGCGGCCGGGCAGAGGUGCUCCUCACUUCCCAGACAGGGCGGCGGGGCAGAGGCACUCCUCACUUCCCAGACGGGGCAGCUGCACGAUGGGCAGCUGGGCAAAGGUGCUCCUCACUUCCCAGACUGGGCGGCCAGGCAGAGGUGCUCCUCGCCUCCCAGAUGGGGUGGCCGGGCAGAGGCGCUCCUCACCUCCCAGACGGGGUGGCCGGGCAGAGGUGCUCCUCAACUGCCAGACUGGGCGGCCGGCAAGAGGAACUCCUCACCUCCAAGACGAUGGGCGGCCAGGCAGAGGCACUUCUUACCUCCCAGACGGGGUGGCCGGGCAGAGGCGCUCCUCACCUCCCAGACGGGGUGGCCGGGCAGAGGCGCUCCUCACCUCCCAGACGGGGCGGCCGGGCAGAGGCGCUCCACACUUCCCAGAUGGGGUGGUGGCCGGACAGGGGCACUCUUCACAUCCUGGAUGGGGUGGCCGGGCAGAGGCACUCCCCACUUCCCAGACGGGGCGGCCGGGCAGAGUGGCCAGGCAGAGGCACUCCUCACAACCCAGAUGGGGCAGCCGGGCAGAGGCGCUCCUCACCUCCCAGAUGGGGCAGCCGGGAAGAGGCGCUCCUCACCUCCCAGACAUUGGGUGGCCAGGCAGAGGCACUCCUCACCUCCCAGAUAGGGCGGCUGGGCAGAGGGGCUCCCCACUUCCCAGACAAGGUGGCCGGGCAGAGGCAUUCCUCAUCUCCCAGACGAUGGGCUCAAACAAAGGGCCAAAUUACCUAUAAAGUAAAUUAG